CCCUGGAUCUCCAUGGUGUCGGGAGCCGGCUGGAUUCCCCCGCCGUGAGCCGGCACCCGAGGAGACGGGCGGCACCGGAGCGGCGAGGGCUGAACCAUGUGAGGGACGUUGCUGGGGCACAGGACACGCUCGGGGGACACGGAGUUUGCCUUUCCCAGGAUGGAUCAGAGGAAGAACUGGCCUCGGGUACCAGACUCCGAUGGCUGGGCGGUGGCUUUGCUCUGUCUCUUCCUGGCAUCCCUCUCACGGAACGUCUCCAGCAAUGCCUUGUUCAACACUUUCCACUCGGAGAACCGGGACUGGACGUUCAACCACCUGACCGUCCACCAGGGCACCGGAGCGGUCUACGUCGGAGCCAUCAACAGGGUCUACAAGCUCUCGGGCAACCUGACCAUUCUGGUGGCUCACAAAACCGGUCCCGAGGAGGACAACAAAUCCUGCUACCCCCCCCUCAUCGUCCAGCCCUGCAGCGAGAUCCUCACCCUCACCAACAACGUCAACAAGCUGCUGAUCAUUGACUACUCUGAGAACCGACUGCUGGCCUGUGGCAGCCUCUACCAGGGCGUCUGCAAGCUGCUGCGCCUGGACGACCUCUUCAUCCUGGUGGAGCCCUCCCACAAGAAGGAGCAUUACCUGUCCAGCGUCAACCAGACGGGCACCAUGUACGGGGUGAUCGUGCGCUCGGAAGGCGAGGACGGGAAGCUCUUCAUCGGCACGGCAGUGGACGGCAAGCAGGAUUACUUCCCCACCCUCUCCAGCCGCAAGCUGCCCCGGGACCCCGAGUCCUCAGCCAUGCUGGAUUACGAGCUCCACAGCGACUUUGUGUCGUCCCUCAUCAAAAUCCCCUCGGACACCUUGGCCCUCGUUUCCCACUUCGACAUCUUCUACAUCUACGGCUUCGCCAGCGGCAACUUCGUCUACUUUCUGACCGUGCAGCCGGAGACCCCCGAAGGGGUCUCCAUCAACUCCGCCAGCGACCUCUUCUACACCUCGCGCAUCGUGCGGCUCUGCAAGGACGACCCCAAGUUCCACUCCUACGUCUCGCUGCCCUUCGGCUGCGUCCGGGGGGACACGGAGUACCGCCUGCUGCAAGCAGCCUACCUCUCCAAGCCGGGAGACGUGCUGGCCAGGGCCCUCAACGUCACGGCCCGGGAGGAUGUGCUCUUUGCCAUCUUCUCCAAGGGCCAGAAGCAGUACCACCAGCCCCCCGACGACUCCGCGCUCUGCGUCUUCCCCAUCCGCGCCAUCAACGCGCAGAUCAAGGAGCGCCUGCAGUCCUGCUACCAGGGGGAAGGCAACCUGGAGCUCAACUGGCUGCUGGGGAAGGAUGUUCAGUGCACUAAAGCGCCAGUCCCCAUCGAUGACAAUUUCUGUGGGCUUGACAUCAACCAGCCCCUGGGAGGCUCAACGCCCGUGGAUGGAGUGACCCUCUUCACCUCCAGCCGCGACCGGAUGACUUCCGUUGCUUCCUAUGUCUACAAUGGCUACAGUGUGGUGUUUGUGGGGACAAAGACUGGCAAGCUGAAGAAGAUCCGAGCAGAUGGUCCUCCCCACGGUGGAAUUCAGUAUGAGACAGUGACAGUGUUCAAGGACGGGAGCCCAGUCCUCCGAGACAUGGCCUUCUCCAUCGACCAGAAGUACCUCUACAUCAUGUCAGAGAGACAGGUUUCUCGGGUGCCUGUGGAGUCCUGUGAGCAGUACACGACCUGUGGGGAGUGCCUGAGCUCGGGGGACCCCCACUGUGGCUGGUGCACCCUCCACCACAUGUGCUCCCCGAGGGACAGCUGUGAGCGAGCAGAGGAGCCUCACCGCUUCGCAGGCAGCAUCAGCCAGUGCAUGAGCAUCACCGUGCAGCCCAGCAGCAUCUCCGUCUCCCAGCACAGCCUCCCGCUCAGCCUGCUGGUGAGUUAUGCUCCAGACCUGGCAGCAGGGGUCACCUGCCUCUUUGGGAACCUGACAGAGGUGGAAGGGCAGGUUUCAGGCAGCAGGGUUGUUUGUGUUUCACCAGCAGCCAAAGAUGUUCCUGCCAUACCUCUGGAUCAGGACUGGUUCGGAGUGGUGCUGCAGCUGAAGUCGCGGGAGACAGGGAGGACGUUCGUCAGCACCGAGUUCAAGUUCUACAACUGCAGUGCCCACCAGCUGUGCCUGUCCUGUGUGAACAGUGCUUUCCGCUGCCACUGGUGCAAGUACCGGAACCUCUGCACCCAUGACCCCACCACCUGCUCCUUCCAGGAAGGAAGAAUCAACAUCUCUGAGGACUGUCCCCAGCUCUCCCCAACAGAGGAGAUCCUGAUCCCAGUGGGAGAGGUGAAACCCAUCACUCUGAAGGCCAGGAACCUGCCCCAGCCCCAGUCUGGCCAGCGUGGCUACGAGUGUGUCCUCAGCAUCCAGGGCGUCGUGCACCGUGUGCCCGCCCUGCGCUUCAACAGCUCCAGCGUCCAGUGCCAGAACAGCUCGUAUCUCUAUGAUGGGAUGGACAUCAGCAACCUGGCCGUGGACUUUGCCGUGGUUUGGAAUGGGAACUUUGUUAUUGACAACCCAGAAGAUCUGAAAGUUCACCUCUACAAGUGCGCAGCCCAGCGAGAGAGCUGCGGGCUCUGCCUCAAAGCCGACCCCAAGUUCGAGUGCGGGUGGUGCAGCGGCGAGGCCAAGUGCACGCUGCGGCCGCACUGCGGCUCCGGCGCGCAGCAGCCCUGGCUCGACUGGUCCAGCAGGAACGUCAAAUGCUCCAACCCUCGCAUCACUGAGAUCCUGACAGUGUCAGGCCCCCCAGAAGGAGGGACGAGGGUGACCAUCCGUGGUGUCAACCUGGGCCUGGACUUCGCCGAGAUCGCGCAGGGGGUGCAGGUUGCUGGGGUGCAGUGCAUGCCCCUGCCCGAGCACUACGUCGUCGCUGAACAGAUUGUCUGUGAAAUGGGGCAGGCACUUCCAGGGAUCAGCUCCGGCCCAGUGCUCCUGUGCAUCGGAGAGUGCAAGCCUGAGUUCACGGCCAAGUCCACGCAGCAGUACAUGUUUGUGACUCCAUCAGUGAGCUUCCUGAAUCCCAGCCGUGGUCCUGAGUCAGGAGGGACAAUGGUGACCAUCUCUGGGCACUACCUGGGAUCUGGCAGCAGAGUGUCUGUGCUCCUGGGAAACCAGACCUGUGAAUUCUAUGGGAGAUCCAUGAACGAGAUCAUCUGCAUGACAGCUCCAUCAGCCCACGGCCUGGGAGCUGUCCACGUCUCCGUCAGCGUCGACCGCGCUCAGCUGGAGAGGACCCUGCAGUUUGAGUACAUCGAGGACCCCAAGGUGCAGCACAUCGAACCCGAGUGGAGCAUUGCCAGCGGGCACACGCCUCUGACCGUCACCGGCUCCAACCUGGACGUGAUCCAGGAGCCAAGGAUCCGAGUCAAGUACAACGGCAAGGAGUUUGUCAAUGUCUGCAAGGUGGUGAACUCGACAGCACUUGCCUGCCUGGCUCCCCCCCUCACCACCGAGUACCGACCUGGGCUGGACGCCGUUGAGCGGCCAGAUGAGUUUGGGUUUAUCUUCAACAAUGUGCAGUCCCUCCUGGUCUACAAUGACACCAAGUUCAUCUACUACCCCAACCCAACGUUUGAACUCUUGAGCCCAACUGGGGUGCUGGAGCAGAAGCCUGGGUCACCUAUCAUCCUGAAGGGCAGGAACCUGUGUCCACCUGCUGCUGGAGGAGCAAAGCUCAACUACACCAUGUUGAUCGGAGAAACUCCCUGUGCCGUCACCGUCUCUGAGACCCAGCUGCUGUGUGAGCCACCAAAUCUCUCUGGACAGCACAAAGUCAUGGUACGUGUGGGUGGCAUCAUCUAUUCCCCUGGCUCAGUGAGCAUCAUCUCAGACAGCCUCCUGACCCUGCCAGCCAUCGUCAGCAUCGCGGCCGGGGGCAGCCUGCUGCUCAUCAUCGUCAUCAUCGUCCUCAUCGCCUACAAGCGCAAGUCCCGAGAGAACGACCUGACCCUCAAGAGGCUGCAGAUGCAGAUGGACAACCUGGAAUCUAGGGUGGCCUUGGAGUGCAAGGAAGCUUUUGCAGAGCUGCAGACAGACAUCAACGAGCUGACCAGCGACCUGGAUCGCUCCGGGAUCCCCUACCUGGACUAUCGGACGUAUGCCAUGAGAGUGCUGUUCCCUGGCAUCGAGGACCACCCUGUGCUGAGGGAGCUGGAGGUCCAAGGGAACGGGCAGCAGAGUGUGGAGAAGGCCUUGAAGCUCUUUGCUCAGCUGCUCAACAACAAAGUCUUCCUGCUGACCUUCAUCCGAACGCUGGAGCUGCAGCGCAGCUUCUCCAUGCGCGACCGCGGCAACGUGGCCUCGCUGAUCAUGACAGGGCUGCAGGGCAAGCUGGAGUAUGCCACUGAUGUGCUGAAGCAGCUCCUCUCAGACCUCAUCGAGAAGAACCUGGAAAACAAGAACCACCCCAAACUGCUGCUGCGCAGGACCGAGUCAGUGGCUGAGAAGAUGCUGACGAAUUGGUUUGCCUUCCUCCUCCACAAGUUCCUCAAGGAGUGUGCUGGAGAGCCUCUCUUCAUGCUCUACUGUGCCAUCAAGCAGCAGAUGGAGAAGGGUCCGAUCGAUGCCAUCACGGGAGAGGCUCGGUACUCCCUCAGUGAGGACAAGCUCAUCAGGCAGCAGAUUGAGUACAAGACUCUGAUCCUAAACUGUGUGAACCCAGACAACGAGAACAGCCCAGAGAUCCCUGUGAAGGUGCUGAACUGUGACACCAUCACCCAAGUCAAGGAGAAGAUCCUGGAUGCAGUAUACAAAAACGUCCCUUACUCCCAAAGACCAAGAGCUGUUGACAUGGACUUGGAGUGGCGGCAGGGCCGGAUCGCUCGCGUGGUCCUGCAGGAUGAAGACAUCACCACCAAGAUUGAAGGAGAUUGGAAGCGUUUGAACACCUUGAUGCAUUAUCAGGUCUCAGACCGCUCAGUUGUGGCUCUCGUUCCCAAGCAGACCUCCUCCUACAACAUUCCUGCCUCUGCCAGCAUAUCCCGGACAUCUAUUAGCAGAUAUGACUCCACCUUCCGCUACACCGGCAGCCCUGACAGCCUGCGCUCCCGGGCCCCCAUGAUCACCCCUGACCUGGAGAGUGGUGUCAAGGUCUGGCACUUGGUUAAAAACCAUGACCAUGGAGACCAGAAGGAAGGAGACCGAGGCAGCAAGAUGGUGUCUGAGAUCUACCUGACCAGGCUACUGGCUACAAAGGGCACGCUGCAGAAGUUCGUGGACGACUUGUUCGAGACGCUGUUCAGCACCGUGCACCGCGGCAGCGCGCUGCCGCUCGCCAUCAAGUACAUGUUUGAUUUCCUGGAUGAGCAGGCAGAUAAGCAUGGCAUCCACGACACAGAUGUGAGGCACACCUGGAAGAGCAAUUGCCUCCCUCUUCGCUUCUGGGUGAACGUGAUCAAAAACCCCCAGUUUGUGUUUGACAUCCACAAGGGCAGCAUCACAGAUGCCUGCCUCUCCGUGGUGGCUCAGACCUUCAUGGACUCCUGCUCCACCUCAGAGCACCGCCUGGGCAAGGAUUCCCCCUCCAACAAGCUGCUAUAUGCCAAGGACAUCCCCAGCUACAAGAGCUGGGUGGAGAGGUAUUAUGCAGACAUUGCCAAGCUCCCUGCCAUCAGUGACCAGGACAUGAAUGCCUACCUCGCCGAGCAGUCGCGGCUGCACUCCGUCGAGUUCAACAUGCUGAGCGCUCUCAACGAGAUCUACUCCUACGUCAGCAAGUACAGCGAAGAGCUCAUUGGGGCUUUGGAGCAGGACGAGCAGGCACGCAGGCAGCGUCUGGCAUACAAAGUAGAACAACUCAUUGGGGCCAUGUCUAUUGAGAGCUGAAGAAAGGUCACAGUGCUCAUGGUGACAAAGGGCAGGAGAACGCAGGGACGCUCGGGAAUGAAGAGGGAGACGGAGCAAGAACGGUGCUGAACACACAUACACCCCAAGGCUCUUCUGGAGGGAGCAGAGACUGCCCCAAGGACUGACUGUGUUCAAAAUCACAGAGGAUCUGGUUUGGAAAGGCAGGAAGAGAAGACAGUGAAGCAUCUCGAGCAAAGCCCAAUCAAGAUGGAUCCUUUCUGAUGAGCAUAGACAGAAAGAAGGACGCUGGAAAGGUCUGGAUGUCUCCAUGACUGCUGCUUUGCAUGAAAAAUCAUUUGAUGUAUAUUAGAAAAGAAAACUUUAUUUAAAGGGUUUUUUUUUAAUAAGAAAAAGGAAGAAAGAAAAAAAGGAAAAAAAAAAAAGAAAAAAGAAAGAAAAAAGAAAAAGGAAAAGAAAUUAACAGAAAAAGAAAGAAAAAUCAAUAAAAGCAAAACCCACAGAGGCCACAGAGAUAAGCCUGGCAACAAAGUCCACCUCUGAGUCCUGUCCUCCAGAGGCUUCCUAGGCCAUGGCUGCAAACUGACUCAUGACCCCAACUGGAAUGUCUGGAACAGCAAAAUCUGCUUCUUUCUGGGACUCUUACAGGAAAGGAAAGAACAAAAUAAAGCAACCCAGGAGCACAAGUUUGCACCACAGCUUUCCACACUGCUCCAAUCCCAGCUUAGCCAGAAAACACUGCAGUGGCUCAGUAACUUAGGGGCACCAGAAGGAACUUGACCUGAACGUCAAACCCAACAGCUCAACCAGCCUGUCUUGAGACCCAGCUUUAUCUCUGUACUUAUACAUCUCUUGAGAUCCAGCUUUAUCUCUGUAUUUAUACAUCUCUCUAUAUAUAUAUUAGUUUUGGAAUCCCAUUGCCUGUCAAACAAGGGAAGAUUUGAUUUGC